GGCAGCCUGUUGCUCAUGAUCAUCAGACAACCACGAUUGUAUUCCACAAGACCACAGUGCCUGACGUGCAUUGAUGGAGUAGAAGUAAACGGGGAGCAGAGCUGAGGAUGAAAAUAUUCCAUGUUUUCCUUCCAUGUGCAUUCUUCUCAGCGCUUUCAGCAAACUGACAGCUGCUUAGGAUCUGGUCCUUGAGCACAUCCGUCCAAACUGAGCAACGGACCUAUCCGCCCCACGAGGACCAAUACUCACUUUCACCUUUUAUUCAUAUGAGCUGAACUGUUUACGGUACUGCCCAUAGCACGACGAUGUUAUUCAGGUGGCCGCGUGAUGGUGGCGGGCUGAUCACAGGCAUGUGAGUGGGCCAGCAAACAUGACCCUGUUAGCGGGUGAUGGCUCCGACUAUGACUACAGUGCCCUGAGCUGUGGCUCCGACUCCUCCUUCAAUCCGCCUCCCCUACACGAGGAGGAGGCCCAAAAGGGGGCCUUCUACAAGAGGGCCCGGCGCGCCCCCGAGCUCGGCUCCGCCCACGGCGACACCUUGCUGUCCAGCGCCCGCAAACUCCAUGCCAUCAUCAACGUGGGCGGCCUGCGCUACCAGCUGCCCUGGACCACCUUAGAGGACUUCCCCCUGUCUCGUCUGGGCCAGCUGCACCUCUGCAGCAGCUUCGACGAGAUCAUGGGUGUGUGCGACGACUACGACGUGACGCACAACGAGUUCUUCUUCGACCGCAGCCCCUGUGCCUUCCGCACCAUCCUCACCUUCUUGCGGGCGGGCAAGCUGCGGUCCCUCAGGGAGAUGUGCGCCCUCUCCUUCAGAGAGGAGCUCCUCUACUGGGGGGUCCCCGAGGAGAGCCUGGAGUGGUGCUGUCGGCGGCGUCUGCUGCAGCGCAUGGAGGAGUUCGAGGCCAUGGAGAGAGCGGAGGAGGAAGAGGAGCUCCUGGAGGAUCUGCUGGACUCGGACAGUGGGCGCAGGGAGCCGGCGGCAGAGUCCAGGCUCAAUCGGUGCAUGGGGAAGCUGAGAGACAUGGUGGAGAGGCCUCACUCGGGCCUGCCGGGGAAGAUCUUUGCUUGUUUGUCAGUGAUGUUCGUCACCAUCACCGCAGUCAACCUAUCCAUCAGCACCAUGCCUGCCAUGAGGGAAGAGGAGGAGGCGGGAAAAUGCUCCCAGAUGUGCUACAACAUCUUCAUAGUGGAGACCGUGUGUGUGGCCUGGUUCUCCCUGGAGUUCACCCUGCGCUUCAUUCAAGACCGUAGCAAGCUGGCCUUCCUCAGGCACCCGCUGAACCUGAUAGACGUGGUGGCCAUCCUGCCGUACUACAUCACCCUGGCCGUGGACAGCACCUCCAAAGGAGAGAAGCGCCUGGGCUCCGGCAACAGCUACUUGGACAAGGUGGGGUUGGUGCUGCGCGUCCUGAGAGCCCUGCGCAUCCUCUACGUGAUGCGGCUGGCUCGCCAUUCGCUGGGCCUGCAGACUCUGGGCCUGACGGCACGCCGCUGCACGCGGGAGUUCGGACUGCUCCUCCUCUUCCUGUGCGUCGCCAUAGCGCUGUAUUCCCCUUUGCUCUACCUGAUUGAAAAUGAAAUGGCCGCCACGCAGGAGUUCACCAGCAUCCCCGCUACGUACUGGUGGGCCGUCAUCACCAUGACGACGGUGGGCUACGGGGACAUGGUGCCCAGGAGCAUCCCGGGUCAGGUGGUGGCUCUGAGCAGCAUCUUGAGCGGGAUCCUCCUCAUGGCCUUCCCUGUCACCUCCAUCUUCCACACCUUCUCCCGGUCCUACGUGGAGUUAAAGCAGGACCAGCAGAGGGUGCUGCAGAGGAGGACACACUUCCUGCUGCGGAGCCGCAUGGCCGGCAUGGGCAGCGACCUCUCCUUGGAGAGUGACAUGCUCUUCCCUGUGAGGUCGUCCGACACCAGAAAGAGGGAUGUCUGAGACUGUCUGACAGGGAGGAACUUAAAACCGGGGGGAAAAAAAGGAGAAGAAGAAGGAGGUUACAAAAAAGACUUUGGUGUGAUGAGGAAAGAGAGAGAGAGAGAGAGGAGACUGACUGAAGGACAGGAUAGAGGAAAAGAAAUCUAGAUAGACGAGUGGAGGGAGAAGUAUUUAAAACAACAUACAAAAGAGAAAAGAGAUUUUAUUUCUUCCCAGAAAUGCAGCUUUGCUGUGUAGCAGCGUACUUUCGGGUGCCAAACCCACAGAGAAGAAAAGUGGAUGAGAGGAAUAUUCUAAAUCAGCGUUUGCUUCAAAAUAUGUAUGACUCAUUAAACAUUCAAAUUAAAUGUGAUAUUGACUGAAAUAUUAUAAAAAAUAUUAUAUAGAAAUAUAUAACAUUGUCACAGUAUAUACCUAUAGAAGUCCAAUAUACAGAACAAAGACCUUGCAUUUAACUAUUGUGCAUUUGAUCAUAAAAAUGAUGUAAUUCCAACAUGUGAAAUGUGCAUUUUAGAAAAUAAAUAGCUGUCCUAAUGAGCAAAAA